AUGGGGCUGAGCGUUCCGGAGCUCAACCCUCUCGAGAAAGCACUUCUGUGCACACAUGGUCAGCAGAGGACCAGCACCCAGGGCCCCAAGCUCCCUGCCAAGGAGUCUUCACGCCUCGACCCCGGACAGCCUGGGACGUCCCGGGACUGGGCCGAGAGCCCAGGACGGGGCUCCUUACCUGGUCCCGCACCCGACCACCUCCUUCAACCUUCAAGCGGCGUUCAUCACGGCCGAGGAUGCGGUGCCGUGGCCUCCCUGCAGGUGCAGCGGGGCUCCCAGCACAGGGGGGAGCUGCUACCCGCAGCACCCGGGAGCUUCACCGGGGCUCGGGGUGAGCGCGCUGGAGGCGGGGGAGUGCGCAGGCCGGGGCUCCGCAGCCGGCACGAGCACGCACCCCGCUCAGGGCACAGCCAGGCGCACGCCCACGUGCACGCACUCCCCUCGCCCCCAGCGGGCGGGCUCAGACCUCCCCGGGUGCUCGGGCUAGGAAUAGCAGUGGCCGUAGUGGCAGCAGUGGCAGAAGGGGCGGUGGUCUCUCCCCGGCCCAGCAGUGACUCAGGGUGGGGGGGCUGUACUUCCCCCCCACGUAGUGACGUCAAUGGCCUCGGUCCUCCCGCCUGGGAGGUAGCCGCCGGUUCUCUCGGCCCCGCAGGGCCUCAGGAGGCACCUCGGCUCCGCGCUCCCUCCCGGCCCUUCCUCCGGGGACCCCGCCCUCCCUCGGUCCUGCCCACGGCCUUCAGCGUCCCUCCUGCCUGUGGGGCACCAGUGGCGCCUCGCUGGGCCCCCGCCACGGGGGGCACCCGUCAAGGCCUGCAGACGCGCCAGCGCUGA